AUGACCUGGAACACGUCAGGACCAACAUGUCGACAGGCGCUUUCCCACUACCUUGACAUUCUGUCUCUGGGAGACCAGACGCCAAGCUCAUCCAAGAAGGAGGGGAGCGGCCAUAUUUAUCACACUGAUACCAGCUCCUUCACAAACACGGCUAGUGCCUCGCCUUAUCUUAGUGACCUCGAUGAAGGAGAGGCACGCGAUGCCCAGCCACCACAAGAGGAUCUGCUCGAGAUUGUGUCGACCCCAGAUCGUGGGCAGGCAGUGUUCACGACGCGCAAAAUCAAAGCCGGCACGUUGCUACUGGCAGAGAGGCCGCUCAUCCGGCUCCAAAAGCACGAAGAAGACGACCCGGAAGCCAUUGCGCGGGAGUUUUCCCUCCUGUCUCGUGCCGAUCAGAAAGUCUUCCUCAAGCUGUUCGACGCCCAAAAGUCCCGCAUGGCCCGCGCCGCGUCCAUCUACUACAGCAACUGCUACAACUGCGACAGCUACGUGGCCAGCGGACAAGGAGGGUCGGCCGUGGGCGUGUUUGCCAGCCGAAUCAACCACGGCUGCGUGCCGAACGUGCAGUUCUGUUACGACGAACCGAGCAACGAGAUGCGGUUCCACGCGAUCAGGGACAUUCCGCGCGGCAAGGAGCUGUGCAGCAAUUACGACAAGGCCGUGUUCGAGGUCAGAAGUAAAAGGCAGCGCAAGCAGCAGAUCUACUACGGCUUCAUAUGUCGCUGUGAGGCGUGUGAGCCCAAGACUGAGUUCUGGGCGAGGAGCGACGAGAGGAGAAUGGCCAUGUACGAUGCCUUCAAGAUCGUGCAGGCCUGCGAAAAGGAGUUUCUUUCUCUUUCGGCACGGUCGGGCUCUCUCGAUGAUUGCGAAUCGGCGGCGCAGACAGUGCCCGGCGUGUCCCGGGACACUGCAGACGCCGCGCUCGGUACGCUGGUCAAGUUGGAGGAGUUGCUCCUCAAGGAGUGCCUUGCGGGUGUGCCGCUGGCCAAUACGUACCGAAGUCUGGCAAAGUGGGCCGAGAGAAAGCGUGAUUACGCACAGGCCGUGAAGUGGAAGGGGAAAGAACUGGACGUUUGCAGACUUAGCUUCGGGUCGGAUGCGCUGAGAACGAAAGGGGUCCAAGAUAAAAUGACGGAGCUGGAAGAAACAGGGUAG